AAUUCUUAUAUUCACCAUCAUGACCAUCCAUCAUCAUUAGGAUCCGUAUCAAGGAGUGAUUGCAAUUUAAGAAAUUGCAAAAGUAGGGAACUACAUAACUGGUCACCACGUUAAUAUCUUUAAUUAGAAAGUCUCUUGAGAUGGCUUUGAAACUGAUUUUUAAAGUAACUUACAUUCACAAGCAGGAAAAAAGAAAUCGAUAAUCGUGUGGAUUCCUUGAAGACCUUAAAAUGGGAUCCUAGACAGCAUGUUUCGAUACAGAGCGGCCAUUCCUUUCCUAACCACCGGGUGGCAACCAAGUGCCAGUGUCACUUUCUUGUCUGUCCCUACCCUUUCCUACGCGGGCGCGGCUUCCGGCUCUCCGGGCUUCCGGGCUCCCGAGCGCGCACGUCACAGAGUCUCCGCCGCGCCCGUCUGUCAGCAGUGGCUCAGCUGCCGAACGUUGGCCGGACUCUGAGGGACCUAGCCUCAUGUGGAAGCUGGUCCCGGCCGCGGGCCCUGCCCGAGAACCGUACAGACUUUUGACUGGUGUUGAGUACAUCGUUGGAAGAAAAAACUGUGGCAUUCUAAUUGAAAAUGAUCAAUCGAUCAGUCGAAAUCAUGCUACAUUAACCUCUAACUUUUCUGUAACCAACCUGAGUCAAACAAAUGAAAUUCCUGUACUGACAAUAAAAGAUAAUUCUAAGUAUGGUACCUUUGUUAAUGAGGAGAAAAUGCAGAAUGGUCUUUCUCAAAUUUUGAAGUCAGGGGAUAGAGUUACCUUCGGAGUGUUUGAAAGUAAAUUCAGAGUAGAGUAUGAACCUUUGGUUGCAUGCUCUUCUUGUUUAGAUGUCUCUGGAAAAACUGCUUUAAGUCAUGCCAUAUUGCAACUCGGAGGACUUACUGUAAACAAUUGGACAGAGGAAUGUACUCACCUUGUCAUGGUAUCAGUUAAAGUUACCAUUAAAACAAUAUGUGCACUCAUUUGUGGGCGUCCGAUUGUAAAACCAGAAUAUUUUACUGAAUUUCUUAAAGCAAUUCAGUCCAAGAAACAACUUCCAAAAAUUGAAAGUUUUUACCCACCUGUUGAUGAACCAGCUAUUGAAAGUAAAAAUAUUGAUCUAUCAGGACGCCAGGAAAGAAAACAAAUCUUCAAAGGGAAAACAUUUGUCUUUCUAAAUGCCAAGCAGCAUAAAAAAUUAAGUGCAGCAGUUAUAUUUGGAGGAGGAGAUGCUAGGUUGAUAACAGAAGAAAAUAAAGAAGAUGAUAGUUUCUUUUCAGCUCCUGGAACUUGUGUUGUUGAUGCAGGACUAACAGAUUCACAGACUUUAAUUCCUGACUCUCAGAAAAAAUGGAUUCAUUCAAUUAUGGAUAUACUCCAAAGGAAGGGUCUUAGACCUAUUCCAGAAGCAGAAAUUGGAUUAGCAGUUAUUUUUGUUACUACAGAGAAUUACUGUGAUCCACAGGGCCAACCCAAUACAGGAUUGAAGACAACAACUCCAGGUCCAAGCCUUUCCCAAGCCUUACCAGCUAAUGAAAAUUUAAUGCCAAAUACCUCAGUGAAUACUACAGCGUAUGUAGCUGACACAGAAUCAGAACAAGCAGAUACACGUAUGGAUUUGAGUGAAAGACCAAAAGAAAUGAAAGUAUUUGGAAUGGAACCAAAAUGUAGAGUACUUUCACAAGAAACGUCCACUGUGAAGAAACCCCACAAAAUAAGCUCUAACAAUAAUAUAGUGUCAAAUACUCUGGUUAGGAUGAAAAUCCCAGACUAUCAGCUUUCACCGACUAAAUUCCCACAUGUAAAUAAAAGUAGAGGUUGGCCUUCUCAGCAUCGGCAAACCAACUCCAUCAAAGACUAUUUUCAGCCGCUUACCUCUCCCAAAAAAAGGGAAAGGGAUGAAGAAAAUCAAGAAAUGUCUUUAUCCAAAUCAGCAAGAAUGGAAAUGUCUUGUUCUCUUUUAGAACAAACACAACCAACUACAUCGUCGAUAAGGAAAAAUAAGGAUGAACACCUAUCUCAGAAUGUGCUUGUGGAAAAAAACCCAGAUAAUUCAUAUGCAGAUACCAAUUUAAAACCCACUGUGAAAAAUUAUGCCAAUGAGUCUCUUUUUACAGAAAAACUAAAAUCAAAAAAAAGAAAAGAAAUUGAUGAUUUAGCCAUAGAAGAUGAAGUAUUAGAACAGAUAUUCAAGGAUACAGAACUAGAGUUAGAAAGCGAAGUGAAAGUUCAAAAACAAGAGGAAGAUAUCAGUGUUAGAAAAAGGCCAAGAUUGGAUAUAGAAACAAAUGUCACUUUUAAUGAUGAAACAAUACCAGAAAGUAACAAGAUAUCUCAAGAAAAUGAAAUUGAGAAGAAGUGUGAGCUCAAGAAAGAAUCACUCUGGUCAACUAAAGAACUAUCUAACAAUGGUGAACUUCAGGAUGGUAAUGAGAUGCUUCCGAGGAAAGUGUUACUGACUGAAUUUCGUUCACUGGUGGUUCGUAACUCCACCUCCAGAAAUGCAUCCAGUGUGAAUAAUGAUUAUGGUGAACUAAAGAAUUUCAAGAAAUUCAAAAAGGUCACGUUUCCUGGAGCAGGAAAACUUCCACACAUCAUUGGAGGAUCAGAUCUAAUAGCUCAUCAUGCUCGGAAGAAUACAGAAUUAGAAGAGUGGCUGAGGCAAGAAAUGGAGGUUCAAAAUCAACAUGCAAAAGAAGACUCUCUUGCUGAUGACCUCUUUAGAUACAAUCCUAAUGUUAAAAGGAGAAGAUAACAAGGUUUUAUGAAGAAGCCACAGAAAAACAUUUCCUGUUUAGUAUUUACUUCGAGUUUCCUCUGCAGUACAUUCAUACUGUGUAUAGAAGAUUUAAGUUUAUGGCCUAAAUUUGUUAAAUAAAACACACAAACUCAG